GUUUUUCAUAUCUGUGAACCACAGAAGGAUUGACAGUUUCUUAGAGCACAUACAUUUUUCUGCUCCAGGCUUCAUCAAAUGCUGCCUGAUCUUAAAGUCACCUUGUUUCUCUGAUUUCACUCUUGCAGCUACACAUCACAGCUCCAGUUCUCAGCGUGUCGACAGGAGCCAGAGUGAGUUGUUUCUCAGACAUUUUUUUUGUUGUUCAACCCAGUCAUAAAGGAGCUAAACGGAUGAUCUGUAUCCACUGACGAGAAACGACUGGUAUCUCAGCUUGGCAGAGAAAUAUGAGCCUGCAGUUCUGCUGAUCAGGAGCAUCAUGGGCAGCAGGCCAAGUAAAGGGAGGCGUAACAGUGUCCAUCAAACACCUCUGCUGAGUUCGGAUGAAUGCAUUGAGCCCCACACCAUGGAUGGCAGGUACGUAGUGGUUGCUCUGUAUAACUACCCGUCAGGAAGUCCCACCGAGUGCAGUAUCAGAUUUGGGGAGAGGCUCAACGUGGUUUCUGAUGAAGGCGAGUGGUGGAAAGUGAGUUCUUCAGCUACAGGAUUUGUGAGCUACAUCCCCAGCAACUACACAUGUAAAGUGUUUAACAGGUGGCAGUUUGUAGGUCUUAACAAACAGAAGGCAGAGGAGCUACUUCGUCACUCCCACAAUCAGCCUGGCUCCUUUCUCAUUAGAGAGAGCCAGACCAUACCUGGUGCUCACUCACUCUCAGUACGAACUGAGAACGAUUCCAUCAAACACUACCGUAUCCACAGCAUAGAGAAUGGCUGGCACUACAUCUCUCCCCGCCUCACCUUCCCCAGUCUCACACAUCUUGUCGAGCACUACUCUGAAGUUGCUGAUGGUCUGUGCUGUGUGUUAAGAGAGCCAUGCUUCAUUCAAGGCUCCAAUAAUGUUCCGGUUGUAAGCGGCCCUCCUCCUCUAGCAGUCAGAAAACCCACCAUCAACUGGAAAGAUGUCAACAGCUCUAUGAUCUUUGGGCCCAAAAAGGAAGGUGUGGAAGAGUCGCUAGUCAGUGAAGGUCUGAAGGAGUCCAUCAAUUCCUACCUUUACAUGACAGAAAACAGUGACUGUGAGGUAUGUUCUGGAAACUGGGACACGUGACCUCGCAGGACACCCGAAAGAACAGAAAAGGGUUAAAGCAGAGUAACGUGAUGGACGGACUUUACUGUUUCUCACUUCCUGCUGGGACAUGAGGGAGCUUUGCACUGACAAACACAGAUCACAGGAAAAAGGCUUGGUCAUGGACAUGAGCGUAGAAAAGAGCUCGGCUCAGUAGAAGUGCAAAACUCCUGGAACGGAAGAGGCAGCAUUUUCCUGUAGUCCAAAUUCACACUGAAGUCAUCGCACUUCUUCCAGUGUGGGCGAUGGAGAUAUUUAGCAUCGCAGAUUUCUGUGUGGUCUUGUUCCUGAAGAUGUGAAUGAUAAAAAAAAGAACGAAACAGAGAUGUAGAAGCGACAGUGGGAGUCUGAAAGCAGCGUGUGCAGCCAUUUGUGCUGCUCACACAAUUCUGGAACAUUCUCAUUUUAUAUGGACUUUUAUAUGGACAAUAUCAUCAUCAUCAUCAUCAUCAUCAUGGGGAAACUCCAUUAUUUCCUGCUGAUUUUAAAAGGAUAAACUGAAUUGUUGGUUUUAUACUGAAUUAAGGUUUUGAUCAUUUCUGAGUACAGUACAGCUGUAAAUUCACUAUGUACACACUUUGUACUGAUUGCUGAUUGUGUUCCAACACUGCAGUCACGUGUUACUUUAAAGCUGCUUAAAGAAAAGCUUAA